UAAUUUCCGAAAAAGAAAAAAAAAAAGGAAACUAUGUCAUUCUCAUCUUACUAUAAUGUUUUUGUUUUUUUUUUUAAUAAUAAUAAUAAUAAUAAAGACUAAAGUAAGUAAUAACCAUAACGAGAAGAGAAGAAGAAUCAUAAAUCUAGUUGCAGAACAACAACGUCCACGUUACACUACUCUCCAACCAAAGCUCACCACCCAAGGUAUGUUAAGGUGAUUGAGAGUGAAAAUGAAACUUUUCACUAAAUGUCAAGCUGAAACAAGGAGAUUGAUUUGGACUAUUGGGGUGAUGUUUUCACUGGUUUUGAUUUUUCAGUACUUUGAACUCCCAUUUGGUAUUUUUAUUCCAUCUUUAUUUCCUUCUGUUAAGGUACCAUUAGUAGAGGAAAGUAAAGAAAAUGGAGAUUUAUUACCUAAUCAUAAGAUUAUUGAUCAUAAUAAUAGCUCAAUUUACAAUGCUUCAAACUCAAAUGACACUUACUUAACUCAGCUUAAUGACACAAGAAUCUCUGGUUCUACACCAAAAGAAUCCUUGGAUUUCGAAAAACAUAACAAAACUGAUGUUGAUCAUGGAAAGAUCAACACCACAAAUAGUAGUUUUUCUGUUGGUUCUCCACCUCAAGAUAAUUCCAACACCUCUUUAGUAGUGAAAAAGGAAAGUCCUGAGCCAGUGCAUACCGAGCUUAAACAAAAGGGGAAAACCUCUUCCACGAACACAGCCCCGAAGAUUACUAAGAAGCCUGAGACUCCGGUGUUGGAUGUUUAUUCGGUGUCUGAUAUGAACAAGUUGUUGGUUAAGAGUCAGGCCUCAUACUAUUCAGUGAUCCCGAAAUGGCCUUCUGCAACUGAGCGCGAAUUGCAGGCUGUGACAUUACAGAUUGAGAAUGCACCAAUUGUAAAGAAUGAUCCAAAACUAUAUGCUCCUCUUUAUAGAAAUGUUUCCAUAUUCAAAAGGAGUUAUGAAUUAAUGGAACAAACUCUUAAAAUUUACAUUUACAAGGAAGGAGAUAGGCCUAUACUACACACACCAGUACUCACAGGAAUAUAUGCUUCUGAAGGAUGGUUUAUGAAACAGCUUGAGAACAAUAGACAAUUUGUUACUAAAAAUCCAAGGAAAGCUCACAUGUUUUACUUGCCUUUUAGCUCUAGAAUGUUAGAGGAAACCUUAUAUGUAGUUGAUUCACAUAGUCAUAAGAAUCUCAUACAGUUUCUGAAGAAUUACUUGGACAUUAUUGCUACAAAAUAUCCAUACUGGAACAGAACUGGUGGAGCUGAUCAUUUCCUUGUUGCUUGCCAUGAUUGGGCUCCUUCAGAGACAAAGCGAUAUAUGGGGAAAUGCAUUAGAGCUCUAUGCAAUGCUGAUGUGAAAGAAGGUUUUGUAUUUGGUAAAGAUGUGUCCCUUCCCGAAACCUAUGUUCACUCACCCAAAGAUGUCCUCCGAAAUAUUGGAGGCAAGCCUGCAUCGAAGAGGUCAACCCUAGCAUUCUUCGCGGGGAGUAUGCACGGCUAUGUUCGGCCAAUUCUGCUGCAGCAUUGGGAAAAUAAAGACCCCGACAUGAAAAUUUUCGGUAAGUUACCUAGGAAGAAGGGCAACAAAGUAUAUGUCAACUACAUGAAGAGCAGCAAGUAUUGCAUUUGUGCAAAAGGGUAUGAAGUCAAUAGUCCUAGAGUUGUAGAGGCGAUUUUCUACGAUUGUGUCCCGGUGAUCAUAUCCGACAACUUUGUACCUCCGUUUCUAGAAGUUCUUAAUUGGGAAUCUUUCGCGGUUUUUGUACCCGAGAAAGACAUUCCCAAUUUGAAGAACAUUCUAGUUUCGAUCUCGGAUAGGAAGUAUAGAAGGUUGCAAAUGAUGGUGAAAAAGGUACAAAAACAUUUUUUGUGGAAUCCUAAGCCUGUCAAAUAUGAUAUUUUUCAUAUGAUACUUCACUCUAUUUGGUACAAUAGACUUCAUCAAAUUAGACCCAUGUAAUGUAAUUAGGAAUAAAUCUAAAUUAUUUAAUGUAUUGAGAAUUUGAGAGUAAUUAUUAUUAUUUUUUUUAAUGUACAUAUAAAGGGACAGAAAUAAUGAAGAAGAAGAUUAAUUAUUUUAUUA